AUGGGAGAACGAAAAGCUGUCAUUAAAAAUGCUGAUAUGCAUGAAGAUAUGCAAGAGACUGCUGUACAUACAGCUGCUGCUGCACUUGACAAAUAUGAAAUUGAGAAAGAUGUUGCUGCUUAUAUAAAAAAAGAAUUUGAUCGAAAAUAUAAUCCAAAUUGGCAUUGUAUUGUUGGAAAACAUUUUGGCAGUUAUGUAACACAUGAAACACAACACUUCAUCUAUUUCUAUUUACAAGAACGAGCUUUCCUCCUUUUCAAAUCCGGUUAG